AGUACACAGUGAGAGACCCAAGACGCCGUCAACUUUGUCAGUCCCCAACCCCACUCUUAUCAUCAAGCUCCAUCGAAAAAUUCCCUGGUCAUACCUUAUGUGCCUGCAAGUAAGGUAUCAAAGCGACAACCCAACGGCGACCGGAAACCGGAGGCCUUCAUUAUGGCGAAAACUUUGGAGAAAACGCGCAAGCAGAUCGCAAAGAAGAGGAACGGGAAACUAGAAGCGCUGCAUGAGCACAGCCGGGAUUCAAAACGGCUCCACCGUGCCCAGGUGCGAGACGACCGCCUCGAAAAGAUCGCCGAGGCAAGGCGCAAAAGGGAUCAACCUCUUCUGGCCCGUGUCGCUUUCUUCCAGGACUUUGUCCGUGAGCAUGGGAACAAGCCCCUUGACCUUGAGGUUAUCCAGUCCAAGAUCAACGAGUUUGUGCACCAACAUGAUGACGAAUACGAAACAGCCAAAAAGGCACGGCGUCCAGGACGUCCACCAAGCACCCGAGAGGACCUAUUGAAGAUGAAGAUCCUUGCCCUCGAUAAAGAGUAUCGUGACGGAUUUUAUAUGCCGGACCUGAGCACUGAAACCAACGUUCAGCUGCUAAGCAGAUUUGAAGGCUCGUGGUCGUACCUGACCAACCUUGCCUGGGUAAAGAUAUCGGCGUCAGGAAGCAUCAAGCCCUCCAGUUUCCCUCCCCAGAGUCUCUGAUAACGCUCGUGCCAUGCCAGGCAGAGUUAUGCGGCGUUCGUGUGCCUGCCGCGUGGAAGACUCGAGUGCGACCACGGCGGCGGUUGCAUGAUCUAUCCCGCA